GGAAGUUCCGGAGCCGUCUGGUGAGCUCGAGAACUGACUGAAUCCUCUUCAGUUGGAAGCCGGGUAGAAAGAGACAAGAGGAAGGAGCGUGAGCUGUGAAACCUCUAUUGGUGUAUGUGCGGUAACAACAUGUCUGUCCCCCUCCUCGCCGAUGCCGUGACCAUUUCAGGGGCAGAGCGGGAGACUGCAGCGGUCAUUUUUUUACAUGGGCUUGGAGACACAGGGCACAGCUGGGCUGAGGCCCUGUCCUCCAUCCGGCUUCCUUAUGUGAAAUACAUCUGCCCUCAUGCGCCUAGGAUCCCUGUCACCCUCAACAUGAAGAUGGUCAUGCCAUCCUGGUUUGAUUUGAUGGGCCUGAGUCCUGAUGCACCUGAGGAUGAAACUGGAAUUAAAAAAGCCGCUGAGAACCUAAAAGCGGUGAUCGAACAUGAGAUAAAGAAUGGGAUCCCAGCCAACCGUAUCAUCCUGGGAGGCUUUUCACAGGGUGGCGCGCUGUCCCUCUACACGGCGCUCACGUGCCCACACCAACUGGCUGGCAUUGUGGCCCUCAGCUGCUGGCUCCCCCUGCACAAGACCUUUCCUCAGGCAGCAAAUAACAGCAUGAACAAAGACAUCCCCAUCCUACAGUGCCAUGGGGAGAUGGACCCCAUGAUCCCAGUCCGCUUUGGAGCCCUCACUGCCGAGAAACUGAAGGGCAUUGUGACUCCAAGCAGGGUCCAGUUCAGAACCUACCCAGGAAUGAUGCACAGCUCCUGCCCUCAGGAGAUGAUGGCUGUGAAAGAAUUCAUUGAGAAGCUGCUGCCCAGGAUUUAAACAAAGCUACUCGAGACUGUUGCAGGGAGAGGAGACAGAGGUCACCACCUGUGAUCUUUAACCUUGACCUGCCCAGCUGCAAAUGGGGAGCCACAGCAAUCCACCUCCACUUCAGCUGGUUUCCUUUCUCUGGCCUUUCCCUUCCUCCUGCACCGCCCCCCUCCUGUGCAUAGGGAGGGUUGCCCCUCUCUCUCCAGUACAUGGAGUGAAGGUACGGAGCGGUUUUAAGGUACAGCUGAGAACCAUGUGGCUGCCUCCUUGCAAAUUUAGUAUUUUUGGUCACCUGAUUUCCGCCUUUCUUUGCUAUCUCUCCCCCCUUCCCCAGCCCCACACAAAUGCUUGCUGUGGCAAUGAACUGGGUGGUAGCCAAAGGCUUAAAACAAAGGUAUUACGAGGCUGUGUUCUGCGCUGUUACAGUAUUUGCAGGGAGCAUCUGCAAAGGUAUCUGAGCUCCCUGAUGGGUUUGCAACAAUCCCACCCGCAGUCCCUGUGCCCCCCCUUUUCUGUGAUGCAGAGCCUGAGCCUGUCCUGGUGGAACCACCUUAGAGGUGCAGGUAGGGUCAGGGCCCCCCUCUCGAGUUGCCAGCGCUUGGCUUUUUUGGGGCAGGGGAGGCAGGUAAACUGCCCCACCCAGGCAAUCAUUCCAUCCCUGUUCUGCCAUCCCAUCCACUCUGCCAGGCGAAAGGAGGAAGGUCUGGCUGGCUGACGGGUUGCUGUACAUCCUCCAAGCAUAUCCUGGGGCUGCUCUUCCCCAGCCAGCCACAUGCACCAUUCAGCGUGCUAACAACUCCCAGCUUGGGCUGGAGAUGCCGUCGGUUGGGGCGUGAAUGUGGUGGAGGGGCCCCCACCUCACCAGGAAUUGCUUCUAAUGUAUGUUCUUUUAAAAAUUCCUUUGUUUGUUUCUUUCAAAAUCAUCUCUGCUGUGGUCCCCUCCAUUGGGUCUGUCUUGUUUUGUACCUACACAGAUAGGGUAGCGUUUGUCCAGAAGGUAGACACGCAGCAAGCUCUCUGCAGCCUUUUGGGCACCGCAGCUCUCAGAAGCACCACUCCUCCACUUCCUAUCCAGUCUGUAUCGAGUAGCUGCAAGCGGCCUUUUUGUCUAUGGGGUGCAGUCUCCCUCUUAUCACUCCCCACCCCGCUGGUCUUGUUAGUGGAAUGGGCAAGCACGGUCCCCCUCUCUCCCUUCUAGCCCUGGUGGCUGGUGUAUUUUUUGUGGCUCUACCCUAAGUCUCUAGUCUGUUUUAUUUCAGUAACUGUCCCCAUUCAGCUGAAGCAGAAGGCUCUCAUCCUCAUUUCUGGCAGGGGGCUGUGCUGUUGAGCAGCCAAGGUUCUCUUACCAUCACCCCUUCAGCAUCCACACCCAAAUUAUCCACUGGCGUGGGCUGACACCAGCACUGACAGCUAGGGACAAGAUGUCUAUUCAAGGAGCUUUCCUCCUCUUUUUGUGUGAAGGGCUAAAUGUUGCCUCCCACAUUGUCCUACUGUGUUGCUCUUUGUGAGAGAUCUCUCUGCUCACUUCCUUCUCCUGGCUCUGUAUGGUCCUCGGUGGUUGGUAGCAGCAACAGCAGGGGAGGUGCUUGGGGUCCCCCACAGCCCUCCCUCUGCUACACUUUCCAGUGCUUUAUACAGCUAUGUGCAGCCAAGGGGGAGCUCAGCAUAUCCAUGUAGGAAUACGUGGCCUGCCCUUCUAGAGCUUGCAUCACAAUGGCAGCCCCAAAGGAAAUGUUGCUCCCCUUCCUGCUUUCAGUGCAAGGCUGCCUCCCCUGCCCUGAACAUCCGCUGCUUCCCCAAAAAUCUGCUUUUUGCCAGCCUUGGGGAUCAUUUGGCCGAGGCCAAACUUGGCUUCUCUAGAAGGCAAAGUGCCUUCACUGCCAAGCGGAACGCCUCCCACUUGGAGGUCUUUCCUUUUUAGCAGCUGGCAACUUGCUGGGUCAUCCUCCAGGUCGCAGGGGCUUCCCAGAUCUCACUGGAAAUAGGGCCAGAUUACAUGGCUUGGUGCUGGAACAGCUCACAUUCACAGAAACAGCAGGAAUGGUUGGAGAGAUUUGUUUGUAAUGGGCCGCAAUAUUCUGUAUGGCCUCUUUUUAUCACCAGAGAAGCAGAAAGCACUAAUCCUUUCAUAAACUGAUUUGCAUUAGA